GUGAACGUUCCCCAUGCAAUUCCAUUCUUCGGGUGGACUCCAGAGACUGCUUGUAUUUACUUAGACUAUUAGACCCUCGAAUCUCCCCUCCUCUCGUCGCGUCUCCUUCCCCCUUCCUCCCCCCCCUCCCUCUCUUCCUCUCCCCUCCCUCCUUUCUCCUCCCCAGUCGUCACCAUGGGCAAGAAAGUACUAGACGACAGGCCGGCCUACCUAAGCUCCGACAAUGCCAAAUAUUCCCUCGGUGUGCAUCGUGGCCCCUUGCCCACGGGCAACGAUGAAGUCACCAAGCUGGAACAGGUCGAAUCGGUCGGUGGCGUCUCGCUAGCCACCACUCACCGUACGCGCAAACAGAAAAUGGCUCGCCAUUGGAAGCGGUUCUGGUGCUGUUACUUGGUCGGCAAUAUUAUCUUCCUGGCCAUUCUCCUGCCCAUCUUCUUCCUCGUCAUUAUCCCCGCCAUUUCUCAAUUGGUUGUGAACAAGUCGAAUCUGGUUCUCGUCAAUGCUGCGGUCAUGCAGCCUCGGCCCGACUCCAUCCAGUUGACUCUGCAAUCCGCAUUGGACCUGAAGAUCGCAUUGCCCGUGCGCAUUGAACCUAUCGUGCUGAACCUGUUCAACCGCGACACUGGCUCUGAUAACCCCUGGGCCAAUAUCACCAUUGACGGCAAGACGAUCAAGGGCAACACCACCCUCGGAGUCACGAAUCAAUAUACUCCAUUUUCGAACGAGACUAUCUGGACCAAUUACGUGCAUGACGUCGUUUUCAAGAAGGAGUCUACUUUGUCACUCCGUGGCUCGACGAAUUCCUACCUCGGAAAGCUCAAGUCUCAUGUGACUAUGGACAAGGACGUGGUCUCACCGACACUUGAUUCAUUCGGUGGCUUCAGUAUCUCCGACAGCACGUUGCUGCUACCCGCCCGCUCGGAUGGUGUCAAUCUCAUCGGCAAUGCCACGCUUCCAAACCCAUCCGUGUUGACCAUCGAGAUUGGCACGAUUAUCCUCGACAUCUACAGCGGUAGCCUCCUCAUCGGCAACGCCACUCUGGAAGGCCUCACACUCAAGCCCGGCAACAACACCAACCCCAUCGAGGGCGUGUUGGACCUGAAGAAAAUCAUCAAGAACCUGGGCGAGGUGCUCAAGUCACAAGCAUCCGCCCUCAAGACCGGCAAUCUGGCCCUCGAUACCAUUACCCGGUCAGUGGUCUGGAACGGCACCGAAGUGCCGUACUACACCAAGGUCAUGCACGAGCUCACCCUCACCGCAAACGUGGGCCUCGCCUCUAUUUUGAAGAACACCCUGCACAACAUGCUGCAUCCCGACGGUAGCAGUAGCAGCAGCAACUUCACCUCCCUAAUCUCCAGCCUCAAUCUCACCUCUGCCGUGGACUCGGCCAAGGCCAACCUCAACUCUUCGGAUAGCAGCUCGGUAGCGUCCGCUCUGAAGCGCAAUGUCCACCUCCUGGACGCAUUCAAAGACGAGCACCCGGUCAAGCGCGACGCGAUCAUCGACUCGCUGGCCCAUAUCUACACCAAGGAGUAAGCCCUCGACCACGAGUGCCGGAUUUGGAUUGAUUUCCGGUUUUCUUUUUUACUUUUUGUUCUCCUUUUUCGGACUUACAUCGUCUGCAAUGCAACGCGGACCGGGCAAAUAUUCACCUUGUACAGAACACGCCCCCCGCCCCCUGCCUCGCACCGGCCACGCUCUGCUUGACGCCGACACGAUUGUGACUUGUGAUACGUGACUUGUGAUUCCCCCGGGGUCUAUAUGAUUUGAUGGUGGCCUAUUCUGCUAUUGUGACUAGGCUACGGCGUUUUACGGACUUUUUGGUUAUUGACGCUUUAUAUCUUGAUAUACCUGCACGUUCCGGAAAGAUAUCUCGCCUGGAGAGGAUCAUCGCAUCUUUGAGUGAUGUUGGAAGAUGGAUGUUGAUAUCCCUACUAGUCGGGUAUCACGGAUGCAGAAGAUAAUACAUAAAUGAUUAGACGAUACACUCAAUUACUU